AGUAAGGCAAAAAAACAUCUAUAUUAAACUAAAUAUUCCCGACCUUCCGGGAGCUGAAAUUUGACUCCAAUAACGCAGGACUUAUCCUAACUCUCUCGAAAAAUGGAGGGCUCUAGUCUUGUAUCGGAAAAACUCAGCUUUCGAGUGAAAUUUUGCUAUGGAGUCGGGCAUAUCCUUAACGACUUGUGCGCCUCUAUGUGGUUUACGUACUUACUUUUAUUCUUGCACAAAGUUGUUAAGUUUUCCAACACAAUGGCCGGUACAUUGCUGUUAAUUGGGCAAGUGGUGGACGCUAUAUCAACGCCUCUAGUCGGAAUAGAGUCGGACCGAACUGGCAAUUGUAAAUAUGGUAGAAGGAAGAUAUGGCAUCUUGUUGGAGUAGUUUGUGUGGCUUUGAGCUUUCCGUUCAUCUUCAAUCUAUGUGUUUCAUGUGCUAGUAGUAGUCCCUCUAUAGCAGCUUUGUUUAUUUACUACACACCGUUUGUUAUGAUCUUUCAAUUUGGCUGGGCUGCAACCCAGAUUUCUCAUCUUGCGUUGAUUCCUGAGCUAACCAAUGACGAGCAAGAAAAAUGCAGUUUAAAUGCUAUAAGAUAUGGAUUUACAGUAGUAUCCAACAUCUUGACAUUUUGUGUAGUAUGGAUAUUCCUCCGUUCUAUGGCUAGUGAUUCUACAAAAGUGUCUAAUGGUGACUCUGAGGCUUUCAUGUAUGUGGUUAUUGUGCUUUUGUUUGUUGGACUGCUAUUCAUGUUAAUAUUCCAUGUUGGAAUACGGGAGCCUUUCAGAAACUGCUCACAUGAAAUGGCCUCAAGUGGGAACAUGAGGUCUUCAAGUAGCUGGAAAAUGUGGUUUAAGAAGGUUCAAUUUUAUCAGGUGGCUUUGUUAUACAUGUCAACACGUCUGGUUGUAAAUCUUAGUCAGGUGUACCUUCCUAUAUACGUGACUGAGACCUUACAGCUGCACAAGGAAUUCAUUGCAGUGAUGCCCCUUGUUGUCUACACAAGUGGAUUUAUUGCUACUUUCUUUGCAAAGCCUUUUAAUCAGUUCCUGGGCCGAAAAGUGACAUUUUCUAUUGGUCUUGUGGUAGUUAUUGGAGUCUGCAUUUCGUUCUUCUUUCUUAACAACACUGUGCAUCAUGUACAAAUGUACAUGUAUGCUGCUAGUAUUGGACUGGGUAUUGGUGGCUCAACUAUGCUUAUUACUGUACUCGCAAUUAUAGCUGAUUUGAUUGGGGACAAUAAGGAAACUGGUGCAUUUGUUUAUGGUGCCAUGAGUUUUGUAGACAAGCUUUCCAAUGGUAUUGCAGUGCAGGUGAUACAAAUAGAACACCCCUGUGCAGGUUCUGCCGUCUGUUGUGGUGGUUGCAGUAAAUAUUACAAGAUAAUCAUGUCCUACGUGGUUGGAGGGGCUGCUGUUCUGGCCUUGCUGAGCCUAUUGACGUUAUUCAAAACCAAAAUUGGCCAUUUCGAAAAAGAAAAGAAGAUGAAGACAUGUGCUGCCCAACGGAGGCUUUUACAUAACGAUCCAUCUAUCUCCACUACCGUAUCAAGGUCCAAUGGUCCUUCCAAAAACGGUCCUCUUAUUCCAUAUGAACCACAGGGACAUCCCAAAUAUGGUGCGAUAGAGUGUCAAAAGAGCUCCCCGAAUUCUUCUAUACAAAGCCACUGAAGAUAUCAAGCAAAUAAUGAGUGGAAUUUAUUGAUCAAUUAAUACAAUUAUAAUUCAAGAUUUAUAUAGCGCCCUUAUAUAAUCAAAGACGCUUUGCAAUCAGUUCUGAAUUUAUGAGAGAUGGUUAAAAUGAGGAGUAAGCACUGGGGGCCCGGCGUUCACUCCCAGAGUUUCAUUACUCUACUCAGUGGUUCAGGUUCUUUUACGUUAUUAAUGAGUGUUAAAAGACAUUUUUACACUGCGAUAGUUUGUAGUUGCGCGAUGCUAAGUUUAAUGCUUUAAGCUUCAUCAGCAACGAUCAAAAACAAACAAACAGACAAACAAACAAGCAAUGUUACCGUUUUUACUAUGUUUCGAUUGUUCGAGCAUAGAAUACUCGCAAUACUACUUUAAUAAGUAGAUAAACGAAGAGUAUAUCAAUUUUUAUCAGACUAGUUGACUCUGGCUUUAGUAUUUUUAAAGAGUCAUCAUGCAGACGUUUCGGUCCGAUUAUAGCGGACCUUCUUCAGUGUAAACUUUACUGUAUGAAGAGAUGAAAAAACUUACUGACGUUUCGGACGCUAGUCGUUCGUCGGAGUAAAAGAAAAAGAGGUGGUAUA